AUGGCGGGUACAAUUAUUGUGAGGAAUGAAGAUAGUCAUGAGAGUAGGCGAAUAUCUCCUGCCAUCGCUUGUGGGUUUUCAAUGCUAUGUACCUGCAAAAUUCACUCACAAAUCUCCCACUCUACAGCUCGAUUCCACUGCAGAUGGCACUUCAACGACACCGUCACAGACGCGUCGGGCAUUAUUUCCUGGCAGUCAAUGGACAUUUUUCUUAAGAAGGUCACUGGGUUCCCUCCGUUUUCAUGGGCUACGGGUGUAAAAGAAACGUCUCUAUGGAUCGAGGUCUCGGCAAACGAGCAGUGUCAAAUUACUCCGCAAAAUUUUGGGUCUCCUGCAGCAUUUCGCUUUAUGAUAGACUGUCUCUCAACUUCAGAAACAAAUGAAAGGGUGGCAAGAUUAGUGAUACCACGCACUCGUGGAUACAUUACGCGAUCCGAUAUCAUUCCGUUACGUUUACUAGACUGCCCACUGAUUGAUAGCGCUGUCGGAUUUGCAAAGCCACUGCAAGUUUUCGACGGAGAGCCGAUCCAUAUUGAGACGCUACAGCAAGUGCCAGAUGCGUUCGCAGCAUCGGCCGGAGGCAUGCUGUUGAAAGAUACCCACCCAAGUACGAAUAACACACUUGGCUUGCAAACACAUCUUGAUACGGAAUUGCGUAAUAGGUUAUCGUUUCCUUGGAUAUCGACAGAAGAACCAAAGCGUAGGACACUUGCCCUUGUUGAAGGAGGUCGUCGCAGCCCCGACCAUGGAGGGAAUGGCGAGACUGUAUUCACGGCGGCAGAGGCACUGGGAAUCGACAUGGUUGUGCUUGAUAAUCCUGGACAUUGGCUAGAUGGACCACGCUGGGCGCACUGGCGUAAAGCAUUUAUUCCUGUCGAGUGCACGUUGCAAUCCGAUGCAGCGUUUACACGCCGAGUUGUUGACGCGCUCCGCUCGUACGAUGGCCACCUUGAUGGCCUUGUGACCUUCUGUGACCAUUACAAGGAACCAGUUGCGGAAGCUGCCCUACAAUUAUCAUUACCAACAUGUUCUCCAGAAGUAUAUGCACUCGCCACGGAUAAAUACAGGUUAAGCCGCUUUGAAGGUCAUGAGGCGUACCGAGCUUCAGAUCUAGAAGAGGCUACCUAUGUCGUCCAAGAGCAUAACCUCGAGUUUCCAUUAAUUAUGAAACCAUGUACAGGGUAUCUCUCGGAAGGUGUAUCUCGAGUUGAGAGUCUCCAACAGCUCGAGGCUAGUAUACGAGCUAUCAAUGUUGAACGCCAUGGAGCAGCCUUUACUCUGGAGAAGUACUGUGACGGGCCUGAAGUGGAUGCAAACUUUAUACUCUGUGAUGGGGAGGUACUCUUUUUUGAAAUCUCUGAUGAGUUUCCCAAAGACGCAGAUAUAAAUGGCCAAGGAAAGACCGGCUUCAUGGAGCGGGGGAAUAUACUCCCUUCGAAGCUCCCGGAUGACGAACUUACUCUUAUUCGAGAUUCAUUGCAUCGAAGCUUGAUUCAGGUCGGUCUUCAAGAUGGAAUAUAUCACGUUGAAGCGCGAGUUCAGCACUCAAGGAUGGAAUUUGCAGUACGGGAUAAUAUACUAGACUUAACCGAACGGUCAACUCCUACCAAGGAAACACCCUCUUCCUGGUUGAUUGAAAUCAACCCACGACCACCCGGGAUACAGGCUUCAGACGCAUUAAAGCAUACAUAUGGAAUUGAUUACUGGGGACUUGGGUUGCUCUUUGGGGUUGAAGACAUGCAACGCGUCCGCGAACUCUCAUUCCCAUUUCUACAAGGUGCACAGUACUGGUGUGCGAUGGUAUUUAUAGCAGCUGACAAAGGUGGGGUGUAUAAUUCAGGGAAUGUAUGCACAGAACUGCUUGGUAGGCGGCCUGACCUUGGAGGUUGCGUCUCGUGGAGUCAUUGCUUCUUAAGUAAAGGCGACCGCGUUCCGGACCCUAGCACGGGAGUGAACUCGUGGGUAGCGCAUUUCAACGUCUUUUCACGGACGUCCCGGGAACACGUAUUGGAAAUUGCGGAAUGUAUUAGAAAGGAGAAGGCAACAUGUGAGGAGCAAAGAUAG